UAUAGAUAUCAAUGGCGACGGCGUAGUAAAACGAGAAGAAUUUGCUGCCCCCCAUCCAGCUGAACGGAAGAACCCCAAGGACAAGAAGAGCAAACAAAGAAUGCUAGAAAGAGAAGCGGAAUUCGACAAGCAGGUGGACACAAAUGGUGAUGGAAUUGCUACUUUGGAGGAACUUUUCGAAUACAUAAAUCCCAGAAAUGCCAAAAGCUUAGCUUCUGAGGCGAGAGAACUAUUGGAAUCCAUAGACAGCAAUGGAGACCAUAAACUAUCCUUGCAAGAAUUACUGGAUCGAGAUCGAUUGAUUGAGUAUAGUCCUUUGAUUUCUGUUGCCGAAAUCCUCCAUGACGACUUAUAA